GCCGAGACUUAUCGCAGCUAGUGUAUUCGUGUUAGAUUUGUCGCCCUUUCCGUAACACCUGCGGAUAUAAGAAUAAAAGAAGAAAAAAAAAGUGUUUAAUUAAUUAGUUAAUUAGCAGAUCAGCAAUGUGUGACGACGAGGUAGCAGCUUUGGUUGUUGACAAUGGUUCCGGUAUGUGCAAGGCUGGGUUUGCCGGAGAUGACGCCCCCCGGGCCGUGUUCCCCUCCAUCGUGGGACGCCCAAGACACCAGGGUGUGAUGGUUGGUAUGGGACAGAAAGACAGCUAUGUUGGAGACGAGGCCCAGUCCAAGAGAGGUAUCCUGACACUGAAAUACCCCAUUGAGCACGGUAUUGUCACCAACUGGGAUGACAUGGAGAAAAUCUGGCACCACACCUUCUACAAUGAGCUGAGAGUUGCCCCUGAGGAACACCCUGUUCUUCUCACUGAGGCUCCACUCAACCCCAAAGCCAACAGAGAAAAAAUGACCCAGAUCAUGUUUGAGACCUUCAACUGCCCAGCCAUGUACGUGUCCAUUCAGGCAGUCCUGUCCCUCUAUGCCUCUGGUCGUACCACUGGUAUUGUCCUGGACUCCGGCGACGGCGUCUCCCACACCGUGCCCAUCUACGAAGGCUACGCCCUCCCCCACGCCAUCAUGAGGCUGGACCUUGCCGGACGCGACCUGACGGACUACCUGAUGAAGAUCCUCACCGAGCGCGGCUACACCUUCACCACCACCGCCGAGAGGGAGAUCGUCCGCGACAUCAAGGAGAAACUCUGCUACGUCGCGCUGGACUUCGACAACGAGAUGCAGACCGCGUCCUCUUCUUCCUCCUUGGAAAAAAGCUACGAGCUUCCCGACGGGCAGGUCAUCACCAUUGGCAACGAGCGUUUCCGGUGCCCCGAGGCUUUGUUCCAGCCAAACUUCCUGGGAAUGGAGACCGUCGGUAUCCACGAGACCACCUACAACUCCAUCAUGAAGUGUGACGUGGACAUUCGUAAGGACCUCUACGCCAACACCGUUCUGUCAGGCGGCACCACCAUGUACCCAGGCAUCGCCGACCGCAUGCAGAAGGAGAUAACCUCUCUCGCCCCCGCGACCAUGAAGAUUAAAGUGAUUGCUCCCCCUGAGAGGAAAUACUCCGUCUGGAUCGGAGGCUCCAUCUUGGCUUCUCUGUCCACCUUCCAACAGAUGUGGAUCUCCAAGCAGGAAUACGACGAGUCGGGUCCAUCCAUCGUCCACAGAAAAUGCUUUUAAAUAGCCACAUUGUGAUAGUUGAGAAAAAAUAGUCUGAUUUACUACGAGAAUAAACACAAGAAGAACAGUAAAAUAAAACAACAAAGAAAUAACAGAAUGCCGACUAUGUUUGUAACCAACCAACACGAAAGCAUUAUAAUUUAAUAAAAAAAAUGCUAGUGAUGCAAAAAUAUUUCAUUAGCCUAAUAAUUAAAUAACUAUUAAUUUUAAAAUUUCGACACAGUAACAAAAAGAUGUAAAAAUAUUUAAACAUAUUUUCAAGUAAUAAUAUCAAAUCAUUUAUUGUUACAACUCAAAUUAAAGUCAUACUAAAGUCAAACUUUAACUUCUUAUCCAAUUGAGAAAAGAAAAACAAUAACGCCCGUAGAAAUACUUUCUUCUUACUGUCUAAAAAUAGCCUGUUCACGUGACAAAUUGGAGAGUAUUUCUUGAGCGCGUUUUGGUUUAUUUUCUUUCACUGACUCUGUACAUUGUUGCGUACUGUAAAAAGAAAACAUGGUUUGGUUAGAUUUUUGUAUCGGGUUUUAUACUGAAGCUAACACAUAUAUUUAUUGACAUGUUGCUGAACAAGUAAUAAAAGCAAAACUGAAAAACUUUA